GUCAACUUGUUCCAGCUUCACCUUCACACCCCACCCUGUACUCUCUCUCUCUGGUUUUAUAGUUUUGACCCAAAAACCAAUCCAUUAUUAACUCAUCUCUCUCUAUCUUUCUCUCCAGUAUUUGAAUCUGCUUUCUCUUUCUAUCUCUAAAUCGUCUCCUCUGGUUUCACAUUCUCUCUGAAGAUUCUGCAUUUGAUUGAGAAGCUUCUCGACCUUCGCCGGCCUUCAAAUCUUCUUCAGUUUUUGUUUUUUUUGCUUGCUUGCAGAUUGUGAUUCAGACGGAGGCGACUCCCUUGAUUCGGUCGGCGGCGGGGAAGGAAUCCGGAUUCGAAGAAGAAAUUGGUAGUAAUGGAGUCUUCACAAUCUCAGCAGCAGAGAAGAGGAGGCGGGAAUGGUUUUGUCUCGAUAUCUCCAUCCCAGACGCCGAGGUCAAGCGAGAAGACUGUUAGGGAUCUGCGAUCGGGAGACGGGAACGGGACGGGGAGGCACGACAAGGAGAAAGGCGUGAAUGUACAGGUCAUUUUGCGGUGCAGGCCAUUGAGCGAUGAAGAAACGAGAAUUCACACGCCCGUGGUGAUAUCCUGCAAUGAGAGUCGAAGAGAAGUUUUGGCUGUUCAGAGUAUAGCUAACAAACAGAUUGACAGGACAUUCGUCUUUGACAAGGUCUUUGGUCCAGCAUCAAAACAAAAGGAUUUGUUUAACACUGCCAUAUGCCCUAUUGUAUUUGAAGUUCUGGAGGGGUAUAACUGCACCAUUUUUGCUUACGGGCAGACAGGAACUGGAAAAACAUACACAAUGGAGGGUGGGGCAAGGAAAAAGAAUGGGGAAUUUCCAAGUGAUGCAGGUGUUAUACCAAGGGCCGUUAAGCAAAUUUUUGAUAUACUGGAAGCUCAAAAUGCUGAGUAUAACAUGAAGGUUACAUUUUUAGAGCUGUAUAAUGAGGAGAUAUCCGAUCUUUUAGCCCCGGAAGAAUCCUCAAGAUUUAUUGAUGACAAGUCUAAGAAGCCAAUAGCACUCAUGGAAGAUGGUAAGGGUGGUGUCUUUGUUAGGGGCUUGGAAGAGGAGAUAGUAUGCACUGCAAAUGAGAUUUACAAGAUAUUGGAGAAAGGUUCUGCUAAAAGGCGUACAGCUGAGACUCUUCUGAAUAAACAAAGUAGCCGUUCCCACUCAAUAUUUUCAAUCACAAUUCACAUCAAGGAGUGCACUCCAGAAGGAGAAGAGGUGAUUAAAUGUGGAAAAUUGAAUCUUGUGGACCUUGCUGGUUCGGAGAACAUAUCACGCUCUGGUGCAAGAGAGGGUAGAGCAAGGGAAGCCGGUGAGAUCAACAAGAGCUUGUUAACACUUGGUCGUGUUAUAAAUGCUUUAGUUGAGCACUCUGGCCAUGUCCCAUACAGGGAUAGCAAAUUAACAAGGUUAUUAAGGGAUUCUCUGGGAGGGAAAACAAAGACAUGCAUUAUUGCAACAAUAGCACCUUCUAUUACUUGCUUGGAAGAGACACUCAGUACUCUAGAUUAUGCUCACCGUGCAAAAAAUAUAAAGAAUAAACCAGAGAUAAACCAGAAGAUGAUGAAAUCUGCCAUGAUUAAAGAUUUGUACUCUGAAAUUGACCGACUGAAGCAAGAGGUCUAUGCUGCAAGAGAGAAGAAUGGCAUCUAUAUACCUAAAGACAGAUACCUUCAAGAGGAAGCUGAGAAGAAGGCUAUGACUGAGAAGAUAGAAAGAAUGGAACUCCACAUGGACUCCAGAGAUAAGCAAUUAAUGGAGCUUCGAGAACUAUACAAUUCUGAACAGCUCUCAAAUGCAGAUUUGACUGACAAACUUGAAAAAACAGAGAAAAAGCUCCAAGAAACUCAGCAUAUGCUGUCUGAUCUUGAAGAAAGACUAAGGCAAGCAAAUGCAACAAUAAAAGAAAAGGAAUAUCUGAUUACAAAUCUUCUGAAAUCUGAAAAAGCACUUGUUGAGCGUGCAUUUGAACUAAGAGCUGAACUAGAGAACGCUGCAUCAGAUGUGUCCAACUUAUUUUUCAAGAUUGAACGCAAGGACAAAAUAGAAGAUGGGAAUAAAGUACUCGUCCAGAAUUUUCAAUCCCAGUUAACUCAACAGCUUGAUAUCCUGCAUCAGACUGUUGCUGCUUCAGCCACACAGCAAGAGCAACAGCUAAAAGCCAUGGAGGAAGACAUGAAAUCUUUUGUGUCUACUAAGACUGAGGCUACCGAUAAGCUUCGCGGUCACUUAGAGAAGUUAAAAGUCAUGUUUGGGUCUGGCAUCAAUUCUUUGGAUGAUUUAGCGGGAAAGCUUGAUGGUAAUUCUCAGUUGACUUUUGAACGGUUAAAUUCUGAAGUUUGUAAACACUCGUCUGCUCUAGGAGAGUUCUUCAAGGGGAUUGCUUCCAAGGCCGAUACAUUGAUCAAUGAACUUCAAAACAGCCUUCAUGGUCAGGAGGAAAAAUUAAUUGCAUAUGCUCAGCAGCAACGUGAAGCUCACUGCAGGACUAUCACAACCUCAAGGUCAAUCUCCCAAACAACCACAAGUUUUUUAAAGAAUUUAGAUACACAUGUAUCACAGUUGGGUCAAAUGGUCGACGAAGCACAAGAGGUCAAUGCCCAAAAGUUCACUGAGCUUGAAAAGAAGUUCGAGGAAUGUGCUGUGAACGAAGAAAAACAACUCUUAGAAAAAGUGGCAGAGUUGCUUGCAAGCUCAAAUGCUCGGAAGAAAGAACUGGUUCAAAGUGCAAUCAGUGGCCUCCGAGAAAGCGCCUCCAGUAGGACAGAAAAAAUAAAGCAAGAGAUGUCAACCAUACAUGAUUCGAGUUCUUCAGUACAAAGCGAGUGGACAACUUUCAUGGGAAAAGCUGAAUCAAACUACGUAGAGCAUACUGCUACGGUGGAGAACGGAAAGAACGAAAUGGAAGAAGUCCUACAAACUUGUUUGCAGAAGGCAAAAAUGGGUGCACAGCAGUGGAGUGAUGCUCAAAGAUCUUUGCUCAAUCUUGAGGAUGCCAAUGUUGCUUCUGUUCAUGAGAUAGUUAGGGAAGGAUUGGAUGCCAAUCAAUCCUUGCGGACACAGUUUUCUUCAGGUGUAUCAUCUGCACUUGAAGAUGCAGACAAUGCAAGCAAGAAUCUCCUUUCAUCUAUUGACAAUUCUUUGCAACUUGACCAUGACGCAUGCGAGAACCUCGACUCCAUGAUCGUUCCUUGCUGUGGGCAACUGGGAGAGUUGAACGCCGGACACCUCCACAAAGUAGCUGAGAUCAGAAAAUACGCAGGAAAAUGCCUGUCGGAAGAAUACACAGUCGACGAGCCAUCCUGUUCUACACCGGCGAAGAGAACGAUCAACCUUCCGAGCGUUGACUCCAUUGAAGAACUCCGGACUCCAGCUUUUGAGGAGUUGGUGAGGUCAUUUUGGGACGUGAAAUCGUCGAAGCUACCGAAUGGAGACCUAAAACAACAACACAUUGGUGAGAGCCCACAGAGACUGAGAGAUUCAAGACUUCCACUUACUGCCAUCAAUUGAGUUUGAGGUUGAAUUUUUAGGGCACAUCGUCGUGUAUAGUUUGUGCAUCAACAACUCCUUGACUGUAGUGUGGUGUUUUGUCUUCACAAAUUAUUCUUUUAUAUUUUGGCCAGANCCCCCCCCCCCCCCACGGUUCUCUUUCUUAUUUAUUGAUUUUUCCAAUGUUUUGUUCUUGAGCACUUAAUGGAUUAAGUCAAGAUACAAUACUAAAAGGGUCACUGGUAA